AUACGCGUGUUUGUGUGUGUUGUUUGACCAGCUGAAAAUGGCGGCUCGCAGUGUCGAAUCCGUCUUAACUUUAUAGCAUAAUAAUAAACACAACGUUCCAGCACAGCGUCGGCCUCGUAACAUGUGGACAAACUUAUCCGAGCGGCUUGACACGCUCAACUUGUGAAACGUCACUCCGACUGCUGCAGUGACCUAAACGGCGUUCCAACGUAGAGGUAAAAAAAAAAAAAAAAAAAAUGCUUAGAACGCUCACAACUGCCGAUGCUAACAUCGGCUAGGUAGCUUGCGACGACUUGUCAAAGAGAUUCGAAUUGAGCUAGCCCGUAGCGCCGUGGACUUGCCAGCGCUGCUUCGGGAUAUCGCCGUUUAAACGAUCCCCCUCUCGAGGCAGCACUCGUCGAGAUGAACAAACGCGACUUCAACGUUGAUUUUGAUCGAUUUGCGGACGGGAUGCUAGCCUUAGCUUUCUGGCUUUAACGCUCGCUGUGAUGCGUAGCUAGCUUCACCACCGACAAGAACCCAAGUGUCAAAACAGAGGCAAAACACCAGAUUAUGUAGGACUUCUUUGAUUUUACGUUUCUCAUGAGACUUUGCCUGUCAUUUAGAGACUAUGGAGGAUCCUCAUACGAGGUACAGCAAACGCCUGCGUACUGGUACACGUCGGCGGUACCAGGAUGAUGGAAUCUCCGAUGAUGAAAUUGAAGGAAGACGUAUGUUCGACCUGGAUGAAAAGUUGCAAUGCAGCAGGUUUGGCUCUGACUUGGUCAAACACAUGGAGGGAAAAGAUUUUACUUUUGAAUACAUCCAGCGAGAAGGACUGAGGGAUCCCAUCAUCUUUGAGAAAGAUGAAGGCCUUGGAAUACAAAUGCCAGACUCAGAUUUCAGUGUGAGUGAUGUGAAAGUGUUUGUCGGCAGUCGACGCAUCGUUGACGUGAUGGAUGUGAACACCCAGAAGGGAAUCGAGAUGUCAAUGGCGCAGUGGCGGCGCUACUAUGAGACUCCGCCAUCGGAAAGAGAGAAACUUUACAAUGUUAUCAGCUUGGAGUUUAGCCACACCAGAUUGGAGAAUCUGGUCCAACGACCGGCUUCAGUGGACCUGAUUGAUUGGGUAGACAACAUGUGGCCCCGCCAUCUUAAGGAGAGACAGAGAGACUCAACUAAUGCCAUCAUUGACAUGCACUAUCCCAAAGUACAGAAGUACUGUCUAAUGAGUGUGCAGGGGUGCUUCACAGAUUUCCAUAUUGACUUUGGCGGUACUUCAGUCUGGUACCACAUACUCCGAGGAGGAAAGGUGUUCUGGUUGAUUCCACCUAGCCCUCAGAACCUAGAGAUGUAUGAGAACUGGGUUUUAUCAGGAAAGCAGGGAGAUAUCUUCUUGGGUGACAAGUGUCAUGAUUGCCAGAGGAUAGAGCUCAAGCAGGGCAACACCUUCAUGAUUCCCUCAGGGUGGAUCCAUGCGGUGUACACACCUGAGGACACCCUGGUGUUCGGGGGGAAUUUCCUUCACAGCUUUAAUAUUCCCAUGCAGCUCAACAUCUACAGCAUCGAAGAUCGCACUCGGGUCCCAGCUAAGUUUCGCUACCCAUUUUACUAUGAGAUGUGCUGGUAUGUCCUGGAGAGAUAUCUCUACUGCCUGACAAACGUCUCCCACCUCACCCCUGAGUUCCAGAAAUACUCCCUUGGCAUAGGCCUGACUCGAGCAGACCUUGGGACCGAAAACACAGGCGACGGUACCUCCAAUGGCAUUGACAGUGAUGUUGAAAUAAAGUCCAAGGAAUCUGAAGACGAAGAAAUCCAAACAGAAGAAAAUGGUCAAGUUAUCAGACCGCGGCAUAUAUUGACCCCAUUUGAGCUUGAGGGGCUGUGGAACCUCGUGGGGAAGCUGGAGGAAUUGCCUACAAACAAAAAGUGUGUCCCUUCUGGGAUCGAGAAUUCUGCAUCCUUACUAGAAGACAUGAGGGCUGUUUUGAAAGAGCAUGAAACGGAUACCUCCAAGCUGUCCUACACGGGAGAACCUAUUGUCAAGUGGCCCAAAAGACCGUCUUGGUAUCAACCCCCGGCACCUCCACCAGCGCCGCUUUACCGUCCCCGGUUGGUCCCUCCCCUCCACAAGCCUUUGGGCCAGAGAUCCAAUAAAUGCUCGCGAAUCUCUGCUUUGAGGCGCCGGCGAGUGCGGUGUAAGACUUGCGCUGGCUGCUGCAGGAAAGAGUGCGGUGACUGCCAAUUCUGUCUCGACAUGAGGAAGUUUGGUGGGCCCGGAAGAAUGAAGAAGGGUUGUAUCAUGAGACAGUGUCUCAUGCCUGCUUUGCCAAAUACAGCUCGAUGUGCCAUUUGUAAAGAAGGGGAAGCAGAAGAAUCACACCCAAGCACUCACACACUUAUGGAGUGCUCUGUUUGUUCACAGAUCAGCCAUCGGCGGUGCAUGAAAGAUCCUGGCGAAGGGAAAAUUAAUACAGACUUGCCGAGCUGCUGGGAAUGUCCAAGGUGUUAUAACAGGAAAGGCUCAGCAUCUGAGUCUUCCAGUGACGGGGAAAGUGAAGCGUCAGAGGACUCAACGUCCUUGCCUCCGUCCAAACUUGCCUAUCGGGAAGGUAUCGGCGUAGGCGAAAGGGGGACACGGGGUCGACGUGGCAGAUCCGUAUCACGACCCACAGUCAGACCCACAGCCCCGCCACCCUCUCAGAAACUGCUAAUGCAGCAUCAACAGAGCCGCAAAAGAGCAAGUCUACUGGAGCUUCGACUCAAGAAAAGGAUAAAACUAGAGCGCAGCAAAAUCCUUGCACAAAAACAAGUAAUGGAGCGUGCCAAGUUACAGUCCCGCCUGCGUUCUCCAGUGAGCACACUAUCUCAGGGAAGAGGUCGGGGCACCUCCUGGCCAAGUGGCUCCUCUUAUGGCAGCUCUUCCAGAGUGAUUGGGUCCCUCCAGCAACAUUCUUCUCCUGGUCUGACCUUUGAACCCAAGGGAGAAUCCCAUAGAGGGCGGGGGAGAGGGGUGAGGCUUCGCGGAGGAGGAGCGGGUAGAGCAAUCACAGGUGGUAGGUACCAUCAGGUGUUAGAAGAGGAGAGUGAAGACAGUAGCAGCAGUAGCACCAACAGCAGCAGCUCUGAAGAUGAGGAAGAGAAGAGGGUGCAAAAUGGUGGACCAGCAGUAGAUAAAGAGAACCAGCCACAGUCGAGACGAGGAGGACUAGCAGCCAAAGACAGAAAAGAGGAAGAGCGGCGGGAGGGCAUCCAAAAUUGUACGGAGGAUGGUGGUGAUAAGAUUGAGCAGGAUACGGAUGGCUCAUUUGGUAAAGUGACACUCCAAAGGCCAAUCAAGGACAUGCAGGAGUCUUCAGCCAUUGUUCCCAAACUGGAGGCAAUCACCCCUCAAUCUGCCGCUUCAGCAACACACAGCCACAGCAAAACCCUCUUGAGGCCGCCUAUCAGAAACCUCAAUAAACAUUCCAGCAGGCAUGUGCCAGCAAUCACCCACAGUGGGCACGCGCGCACCUCCCAUUACACAGGGGAGCACAACGUCGCCAAAAGAAAAACGUCGACCAGUGCAUCUAAGCUGAGCAAUGGUGGCUCCUCGUCUUCAUCCUCUGAAUUUCCACACCAUCGCAUUCCUUUAUCCGCCCUGCAGGAGGCUGACAGGGAGGGCAGUAGCAGUGGGCCGGACUGUCAGAGGGAAGUCUGGGUGUCUGUCUUCCGCUACUUAAGUCGAGCAGAUCUCUGUGUGUGUAUGGCUGUCUGCAAGAACUGGUACAAAUGGUGCCUCGACAAGCGGCUUUGGGCUCAGAUCGACCUGAGCAUCAAACGCACCAUCUCCCCUCAGGCGCUAACGGGCAUAAUAAAGCGACAACCUGCUUCCCUUGAUCUUUCCUGGACCAGCAUCUCCAAAAAACAACUCAGUUGGCUUGUUGGCCGCCUUCCAGGUCUGAAGGAUCUGAUGCUGGCAGGCUGUUCCUGGACAUCAAUUUCAGCACUCUGUUCUUCUGCUUGCCCUCUACUCCGUUCUCUGGACGUGCGGUAUGCAGAUGGGGUUAAAGAUGCUCAGAUCAGGGACCUGGUCACUCCUCCAGGCUGUGACAACCGCAGUCAGUUGAGGACCAUGCAGUGUUUGCGACUUGCCGGCUUGGACAUCAGUGACUCUACCCUGCGCCUGGUGAUCCGCCACAUGCCCCACUUAACAAAACUGGACCUUUCCCACUGCAACAGCCUCACUGAUCACUCCAUCAACCUGCUGACUGCGGUGGGUUCGUCCACCCGGAACACACUAACAGAACUCAACUUGGGAGGGAGCAGUAAACUCACAGACACGUGUCUGAAGUAUCUCCGCCGCCUGUCCUGCAUAUCACUACUCGAUCUGCGAGGCUGUAAAGACGUCUCCCGCAAAGCGUGCGAGUCUUUUAUCUCAGAGUUAUCAGUCAACACGCUCUACUGUCUAUCGGAUGAAAAACUGAUCCAGAGGAUAUCCUAAAGCUCGAUUUUAAAAAGAUGCAGAAAAGCAAGGAUGCUCAUGUACACCGGCACCACAGCGACGCAGGGAUGAGGUCCUUACUGAGAACGCUUACUCACUUAUCUGCUGUUGGUGAAAGGGACAGUUUAUCCAAAAAGAGACUCAGGAGUCCUUAUUUUUGUUUUUGACUUACAUUUUGAGGGACGGGGAGAACAUAGGUCAUUAAUUAGUUGUUGUAGACUACACAGCCAUUUUGAAUUUCAGCUUCAAGUUGAAUCUUGUCACUUUUUGCUUUCAUUUUGAUGAUGCCGUUUUGCUUCCCGCACGGCGGCUGUGGCUUGCUAUUCGUUGAAACAAAAGUCAAAUUCUGAAAUGGAAAGUUUUCAUGCCUACUUACCAAGUAAACACCUUUAAGUUUAGAAUGAAGAGUGUCAUCAAUAUGGCAACUAGAUCCUACCGCAUUGGGAUGGGGGAAGUGUUCAAUGACAAGCCAAGGAGCGGGUGUCACAUAAUGGUGCAUUUCAGACCACCAUUUGACAUCAGGUGCUAUUAUUUCCAAACUCUUCUUCAUUUUUGUACAGAGACUGUUUAGAAAAAUCUAGGUAUAUCCUUUCUUCUCACCUCUUUUGAUAUAUUUUUCUGGGAUGAAAAUUUUUCACAGAAUUUCAUGUAUGUAGAGAUGUAUAAUUUGUUUGUGUGGUUGGUGGGUGGGUGGGGGGGGGGGGGGGGAUUGUUUUGUCUGUUUCUUUGCAUUCAUCAAGUUCAAACUUUUCCCACUACAAACUCCUGGCAGAGACUACUCCUGUGGCCCCGUGUCUCCAAAUGAAAAUAUCUACUUCUGUGUAAAUGUUUUUCCCUCUUAUAAGUCUUAAAAAAUGGGGAUCCUUGUAGCAUUGUAAUUAUUUUGGGAUGUUUUUUUUUUUUUUUUUUUUACUUUACGUUGUAUGUAUUAUUUUUCAAGAAAAAUAAAAAACGAAUCUCAGCGGGCACUGUGUUCAUAUUUCCUUUUCUGUACGUC